GUAGAAUUAUAAUUCGUAUUCAGCUGACUAAAAAGUAGUGCGAAAGUAAUAAAGUAAAACGGUUUUUGACAAGCGAGCAGAAUAUACAUAUACAUACAUAUGUUUAUUUGUGUACAGUUAUACGUCAAAGUUACAAGAGUCUUCAAAAUUCAAAAACAAUAAUUAUGAAGGCUCCUGCAACCGCUCACUCUCACAUUAUGCUACUCGUGUUACACAUGUCUCUCGUCUUGCUCUGCCAAAAUGCUUACAGCGCCACACCAGAGCGACAGCGUUUGAAAACGCUGGACCACGCUUAUCAAUACAAGUCACCGUCUGUGUCAAACACACCUUAUGCACAGCGUGAAGAGUCAAUCAGAUUGCCUAAAGUGCAACAACAACAAAAACAUCAACCAACAAGUUUCAAUGGCAUGGGACGGUUUUCACAAAAUUAUAGAAGCACAGACUAUGAAAGGCCGUUAUAUGCCGCUGAUGAGCUGCAACAUGGUUAUUUUAAGGCUUUACAACAACAACAACAGCAGCAGCAGCGAAAUAUUGAUAGUAUUUACCAUGCGGCAAAGCAGAAAUAUAUGCACCAAUAUAGUUUACCAACAAACGCGUAUCAACUGCCUCAAAACCUAAUCAGCCAAGCGUCACGUCCACCCUUGGCUUCAGAAAUUGUAUACGCCAGAGAAGCGUUACCCCAGUACCAAUUAGGAGUCGCAGCGAGCACCGCACAGACCACUAACAAACAUAGAAGUCAUUCCAAUCAGCUAUUGCAUGCGCCUGAACGACAACCUGAAAAGGACACACUAGUCUACACCAACCAAUUACCCUAUCCACCGUCUUUUAUCAGCAUUACCAGUACGACAACAACGCAAUCACCACCAUACAAUAUGAGGCAGCGUAGUGCUGAUACCGACGAAAAUAAUCUCAAACAAUUUCCAGAUAUUUUCGCUAAACGUCAACAUAUCUCAUUAUUGGACUCGUAUAUACCCAGUUGGGUGAUGUUGCGUAUGCAACAACAACAUAAGCGCCAACAACAAAAACAAUUCCAUAAAUUUGUUGCUACACAUACUUUGGCGUAUCCGAUUUCAAAAACGUAUGCCCAAAAGUAAGCAACAGCGGUUACUAUGCGCGCGCGUGGCCUACCUUUAGGCGGAAUGUA